CUCUCCUUCGCGCAACUUCGCUUUCAGACCGACAGUCUUGUCAAACACACACAGAUGGAUCAUUACGAACCAUCAUCACGACCUCAACGGACGUAUCCUCAACGCGAUCGUCCACCCCCUCCAUCGUAUCACGACGCGCCUCCACCACCGUCAGGCCCUCGCAGCGAUAUGUUCCAAUUCCGUGGCGCCGCUGGCCGUCCCGCCGGCGACAACUACCGUCCAAAUGACCGUCCGAGUGGUAGAAGAGAUAACUUCAACUUCUCUGCUGGCAACAAUGCGCCGUCCUUUGCGCCUUCCGACAACUACCCAGGCGCUAGAAGAGCCCCUCGGGACUCGCGUCGCGGCGGUCAACGUAACGCUCGUGGCCGCGGUGGUCCUCGUAGAUUCGGACCCAAGCCUGCACAUGAGCGCGAUUUGAUGCGCCGUCAGCGCGAACCCACUCCUGACCAGUUAGAAGGCAUGAACGAAGGAAAGGAGUCGCGUUUCAAGAUCCUCGACGAUCUUUCCGACGACGACGAGAACGAGAGCGAUGACAGUGCCAUGGAUCUCGAGGCAGACGCCCACGAUCCCACUGAUGCUUCUGCUCCACCUUCCUUCUCCAACAACGCCAGCCACUCCGAUGAUGACGACUCCGAGGACGAGCAUCCUAGAGCCAAGCGCGCUCGAGUCAAGAGUAAGAGUCCCGAGUCCGAGCAGGCCAAGCCUAAGUGGUCCAACCCCGAUCCAUACACUGUGCUGCCUCCACCUGGAGAGUCUGAUGCCAAGAAGAAGGAUGUCGUCAAGCUCAUCCGCAAGGCCAAGGUAGAAGCCGCAAAGCCUGCCGCCUCGGCUGCUGAGGGCGAGGACUUUAUCUCGCUCAACUUUGACGACGACUUUGCCCAGGAUAACAGUGAUGAUGAAGGUGGUAUCUCGCUCAACGGCUCCGUCAGAGACGAGCCUUCUCUUCCUCAUAAGCCCUCCUUCAGUCACUUAGAUCAUCUACACCCUGAUCGCAACCUCGCCCCACCGCCUCCUGCCGAACAACCUAAAGGUGUAAACAUGUCAGCGCCCAUGUCUCUGCCUCGCCUCGAUGUCUGGCCCCCACCAGCUGAUGUACACGGUGAUCCCUCAGGUCGUAGCCAGUACCACACUGGUAUGCAGAGACAAGAGGCCAAGGAUGCAGCAGCUCCUGUACGCAAGGAGAACAACAAGAAGCGUAAGCGUCGCGACGAUACUCACGUCGGCGAUAUUGUUGACGAAUGGAGGGCUCCCGUGGACACUGACCCUGCUCCAUGGUUUGCCAACAAGCUCCAAGGCGCUCGUGCUGAGCAGUGGCUCCACAACGAAAUUCUUGACUUCUACAACUACGUCAAACCUCGCGAUUUCGAGAACCAGGUUCGUGAAGACCUGGUCAAGCGUAUGGAGAACGCUGUCAAGAAGACUUUCCCUGACCUGAACAUUCGUGCCUUUGGCUCGUUCGCUUCUGGUCUCUACCUGCCCACUGCUGAUAUGGACCUCGUCGCAUGCUCUUCUCGUUUCCUCAAUGGUGGCCCCGAAAGUAUUGCUUGUACCAGAAACUGGAUGUAUAAGUUUGUUGCCUGUCUCAAGAGGGCUGGAAUUGUCGUCGAUAGCUCGGUCACUGUCAUCUCACAAGCCAGAGUGCCGUUGGUCAAAUUUGUUGAGAGGGCAACCGGUUUGAGGGUUGAUGUUUCGUUUGAGAAUGAUAGUGGACUUCUCGCAAACAAGACCUUCCAAGCCUGGAAGCAGCAAUACCCUGCCAUGCCGAUAAUUGUAUCGCUCAUCAAGCAGUUCCUCGUCAUGAGAGAUUUCUCCGAGGUCUUCAGCGGUGGUCUUGGUGGCUACUCAGUUAUCUGUCUGACCAUCACAGUGCUUCGCGUUCUUGAGGAGCGUCUAGGCCGUGACUGGGACCCUAUGGAAAGUUUGGACACGGUUUUGAUGACCUUCUUUGUGCACUUCGGUAGGGACUUCAACAUUGAGAAGCAUGGUAUCCAGAUGGAACCUUGGAACGUUGUCUCAAAGAAAUCAUGGAGAAACGCCAAGGGUCAACCAUCCAAGCCCGAUCGACUCCUCAUCAUCGACCCCAACAACUUCAACAACGACAUCUCAGGUGGCUCUGGUUCAGUCUUAAAGAUCUUCGACAAGUUCGCCGAUGCUUUCAAAGAGCUCAACAUCUGUAUGUCGGAUGCUGAGGAUACACACAGGGAGAAUGGAGAUGUUAUCAGUAUUCUUGAGCGUGUGUGGGGUGGCAACUAUGCACUCUUUGAAGCGCAACGUUCUCGUCUCAGAUCUGUAUGGCAGCAAAAUAUGGCAAGGUAUGCUGCUAUGCACUCAAACACCAGAACGAACACUUGAAUAACGGUAACGUCCAGCGGCAGCAACUUCCCGCGUGGCAACAACAACAACCAGAGCGGAAAUAGCCAUGGUGGCGGCUAUCAAGG